AUGCGGACUAUAAUACUAAUACUCCACGGCUUAUGUCUUGUCGCCGCCGCUGAGGCCGGCCCUCUCGGACGCUGGGGCUGGUUGAAGCUGAGGCAGGAUGAUAGUAAUGACGACCUAGGGGGAUCCAACACUGGUGCUGUUGGAUCGUCGUCAACGUUGGGUGAAUUGACUGUUGUUGUUCAAAAUCCCCCUGAGCCGACAACAUCCAGUCUACUAGCCGCCAGUACACUUCUCAAAAGCAUCUCAACCGAGACAGCCGGUCCUACCGCCUUACAUGAGGAGGAUGAAGAGAGCUCGGCGUCGCCUACCCCCGAGCCCACGCUCACUCCCACUGAGCGCAACUCAGCUACGGAAGAUACCUCGCCCACAAAGACGGCCGUAGAGCCUGCAGAAACCACUUCGGUCGAAGAGACCACGUCGACUGAGCGUGGUACCCCGAGAACCUCAAAAGCUGAUGAGAAUGAGAUCCCUUCGGUGACGAAGACUCCGAUCGAGAAUACUUCAACCGCAGAACCCACGACCGGCAAGCUUGAGAGCUCAGUGACUGAAUCUGCUACUGAGGUUAUUUCCCCGACUGAGACAACGUUAAGGGAAGAGCCGCUGUCGACCGAGACAGAGUUUACCACAACGACGGAGACGACUACCGAGGGCGAGAAGCCAACUUCCACAGAAACCCUUUCGCCGAUUGAGACUGUUGUCGAGACCACUACAUCGACCGAGAGCACAUCAACGAAAGGGCCAGCCACCGUUGAGACGGAGAGUCCUUCGGUAACCAAGACUACCACUGAGACCACUACGUCCACAGAGAGUACUUCGACGGAUGGCCUUACUUCCCCUGAGACGGAGACGACGCUUUUUUCCACUGACAAGCUUACAUCAACCGAGACCGAGACCCCUUCCGUGACAGAAACGGUUACCGAGAGCACAACCUCGGUAGGGACAAUAACCACAGAGGAUAUUACAACGGCGACGAAAACAUCUACUGAGAGCACCACCGCUACGGAGACCAUCUUCACCGAGACGACGUCGACCGAAACCACUACCACCAGUGCCGAUGAGACCACAAGUUUGGCUACAGAGACCUCAGCUACGAACACUGGUACUUCAACUGCUAAUGACAGCUCGAUCGCUACAUCAGAAACCGCCACUGAGACAACACUCUCACUCACAGAGACCUCCACUUCAGAGACAGGUACUACAACUAUGUUGAUCGUGACUACCAUCACAGCCACUGACGCCAUCACUGUUACAGCCUCUGAGACCGAGACUUCCACUACGACGUUUGAUGGGUCUACUGUUACGGAGUCAACCCCGAUCACUCUGACCCCUACGGACACUCCCUCCAUCACCUCGACUGAGAGUUCGGCUACGGAGUCAACCUCAAGAACAGCAUCGACAGAGACUGAGGAGGAGGAAAUACCUAUUCCUACCUCCGAGAUUCCGUCUGCAAGUGGCAUCACGGAGACUGCGCCAACUACUCCGUUAGAGCUCACACUUGUCGACGAUCCAGUAACUAACAUCAAGACGCUAGACACUUCUUCCAUCGAGACAAGCACCGUUGUCUUUACCCCCACUGGCACACCCAACCCCGACGUCCCCACAGCCAUCACCGAGAUUCCUCCCUUGACCAGCACCGUCCCGCCCUCGGUCUUCGAAACUAACCUUCAGAAUGCCCGACAGUAUAACGUCAUCUUCGCCGGCCUCACCAAGCAGUCCGCCUGCGCCAAUGAGCAGGUCGCUUGCGUGGAUGGCGGCAUCGGACGGUGCUCAGCAAAUGGUGUCUUCGAGAUAACACCCUGCGCGGCGGGCACGAGCUGCUUUGCGCUGCCGAUGAAGACUGUUGAUGGGGUUGAGGUUACGUGUGAAACAGUUGAGAAAGCGAGGGAGGUCCUGGGAGAAAUUCCGGAGGGGUUGUUGCCGGAUCCAACUUCAACGGUUACUCAGGAGCCGAGCAGUGCUGUGGAGGAGACUACAUCCACGAAGAUCCCAGACCCUAGCGAGACGGACACGCAGAUGAUUACGGAAGUUCCUGGGGAGACGCCAGUGACGACGACGCAGGCAGAGGAGCCUACUGGCCCCAGUUUCGUCACGAUCAUCUUCCCUGGGGAGACGGGUUCUGAGGUGCUGACUAUGACGGAGGAUCCGGCCCCUGAAGUGCCAACUCCUAUUCCCGAGGCCCCAACACUCACCGCUAUCCCUGAGGAGACUACCAACUCCCCGGAAGUCACCCAAGUUCCCUCUCCUUCGGACGCAACUCCAACCAGUGCCACAUCCGAGCCCGAGCCGACCGAGGACUUCGAGGUGAUCUUAACCACGACGAUUACCUCGACAACCACUGUCCAACCCGAGCCCAUCACCAAGACUGUGAUAAUCGAUGUCAGUACCGGGGUUGAGACUAUCACGCUCACUAUCGAGCCCGACCCGGUCGAGACGGGCAUUCCCGAGGACGAUACUCCUGAGGAUGUCACAUCUGCGACUCCCACAACAACCCCAUACACCGAACCCAUCACCAAGACGAUCGUGAUUGACGUGAGCACAGGCGUCGAAACGGUGACGUUGACAAUUGAACCCGACCCGGUUGAGACCGGGGCUCCUGAUGAUGGAUCCCUCGAGGAGGUCAUCUCUGAGACACCCACACCCACACCAGCCGAGCCGACACCUGUGCCUGAAAAUCCUACCCCUGUUAUCGGCUCCCCGGAGCAGAGCACCAGUCAGGACAUGCCAACCCUCUCAACCACCGACCUGCCCUUCUUCAUUCCCUUCCCGACGCCAACAACAUUUAUAACCAUCAUCAUCACCACCACAAGCAGCAGUAGCGUCAGCCCUCCUCCAGCAGAGGAUAACACCAGCGUGGAUGUCCCAACCUCCAUCGAGGACACCCCCCUAACCACCACCACAACAACAACCGAUGGUCCCUCCCUCCCGUCAAUCUCCAUCCCCGACUGGAUGUCCUCCCUCUUCUCAGACCUCAUCCCUCCCACCACUUCCUCAUCCUCUUCCGAGGAUACCCUCUCCAAAACUGCGGAUCCAACGCUCGUGCCACCACAGCCGACAGCCACUGGCGACACAUCCCUGCCAACAUCAACGGAGACGCCCAAGAAUGAGGUCACAGUCAGGCCGUCGCCUACAUCGCUGGUUGUGCUGCCUUUGCCGGAUACAGUGACCGACACGGUUACUGUGACUCAGACGGUGAAGGAGACGGAGACUGUGACGAGUGUAGUGACGGAGACUGUUACUAUUCAGGCAAGGAGGCGUUAA